UUGGAACAAUAUACAAGAACAAUAGCAAGAGAGCCUCCAAGAACUCCUAUUGACAUACAUUCCGCCAUGUCUCUGGGAUCAUUAUCUUCACUCUCCACCAAUCUAUUCUCAUAUCCAUCCGGGAUCUAUUGUGUUGAAUCCCACGCUCACGAGCAGAAAGGCUAACCGUCGCAUGUUCUUACCUUCCUUUCCUCUUCAAAUUAGCUUAAACCCGAACAAUGAUAUCUGAUUUCUGGAGACAGUCCACUGGCAUCAAGCAUUUCCAUGGCUUCAGAAACAUUGGCAGGAGAGAUGUUAGCAGAAACAGUUUCUGUUUGCGACCCAGGACCGGAGAGGACAUGGAUGUCGUUAUUUUACUUCACAACAAGGAGGCAUAUCAUACCCUUCCUUGCAGCAGUGAUAUUUGCCCUCGCGAGUGGACUCACAUUUCCUCUUCUUGCAAUCAUACUUGGUCGCAUCUUCAAUGAGCUUACGAAUUUUGGCGCCCAUUCGAUCGCCACAGCACAGCUGAUGGAUGCAAUCUCCGUCAAUUGCAUAUUCCUGUUUGCCUUGGGACUCUCCAUUUGGUUUAUCCAGUCUGCCUAUCUUUCUUUAUGGAUUGUUUUUGGAGAAUUGCAGGUAAAGAGAGCUCGCGACGAGCUUUUCAAAGAAUUGCUCGCUAAGGAAACAAAAUGGUUUGAUUUGACUACAGAUGGAGUCACUGCGCUUCUACCACGCAUUCAAUCACACAUGCGAGAUUUCCAGUUGGCAGUUUCUCAGCCUUUGGGCUCUGUAUUCCAGGGCAUGGUCGCGUCUCUCACUGGCCUCAUACUGGCGCUUUAUAUCUCAUGGAGCCUCACUCUUAUCUCCCUUGCCACGGUUCCUGUCUGUGCUGUGGUCAUAUCCGUAAUCUCGAUGAAAAUACAGCCGGAGAUCAAAGCACAGCGGCAAGAAUUGGAUAGAGCCUCUAAAUUUUCCAGCAACGCUGUUUACUCGAUCGACAUCGUUAAAGUAAUGAAUGGACAGGCCCUGGAAAUAGAAAAUUAUAUGUCUGCAAUUCGCGCGGCUGCCCGUCACUACCUCAAACAAGUACGAUUUACUGCUAUCGAAAUAGGAUCUAUCCACAUGUUAACGUUUGGAAUGUUCGUUCAGGGCUUUUGGUAUGGAGCCUAUCUUGUUUCAGUCGGAAAGUUGAAUCCAGGACAAGUCUUAACCACAUUCUGGGCAUGCCUCCAAGCCACGCAGUCAAUCGAGAAUAUCAUUCCUCAGCUGCUUGUCCUUGAAAAGGGAAGGGCCGCGGCGACAGCCCUCAAGGACAUUCUUGGCCAUGUGCACCCGAUCAACGGUUCGAGUGGAUUGAUGAGCGAGAACAAAACUCCGCAAUUUUGCGAUGGGGACAUAAAAUUCGACAAUGUCACCUUUGCGUAUCCAUCUCAACCCGAUCGCUUGGUUUUGAACCGCUGCUCCUUCUUCUUUCCCGCUGGCAAUAUCACUUUUGUCGUUGGGAGGAGUGGAUCAGGGAAAAGCACCCUAGGAAAUCUAUUGUUGAGGUUUUAUGCUCCCGCUUCUGGGGAAAUAUUGAUUGACGGUGUUCCAAUUCAUUCUUUGGACAUCAACUGGAUUCGGAACAAUAUCACUUUGGUGCAGCAACAAAGCCCGCUCUUCAACGAAUCAAUCAUUAGAAAUAUCGCUUUCGGUGCUCAAGACCCUGUCGGUGUUAGGCUGGAUGAUAUUGUCGGCUGCGUCUCUUUUGCGCACUUGAAAGAAACUGUCCAGUCCAUGCCUAACGGCCUUGAUACCGUGGUUGGGCUGGGCGGUGACCGCCUUAGUGGCGGACAGCGACAGCGGGUAGCUUUAGCCAGGUCGCAUCUGAGGGAUACGCCUAUUCUUAUCAUGGAUGAAUCAACAAGCGCCUUGGACUAUUAUACACGAAUAGCCAUUAUGGACUCCCUUCGGAAAUGGAGAAAAGGAAAGACUACAGUUAUUAUCACGCAUGAUCUAUCUCAGAUAGACGAGCAAGACUUUGUCUAUGUCGUGGAUAAUGGAAGAAUAUCUUGUCAAGGAUAUAAGACAGGGCUCGAUAGUCAACAUCAGCCCAUUAUCAUUCCUUCGCCAAAACGCGCUAGGAUCAAGUCCAGCGAAGUGGGCGAUAUUACGUCAGGUCCCGUAUCGUUUGUUGGCUAUCCAGAUGCCCAAAGGCCUCCGAGCUUUCUACCCCGGCCAAUGAGCCCAGACUAUUCAGUCAAUAAUUGCUCCCGUCUUGUCUUUUCCCCGGUGUCUUACUCCCCAGUAUUUCGUCAGUCGCGCUAUCAUUUAUCUUCAAAUCAGCCUAGCCCAAGUCAUUCGCUCGAACCGUCGGCCCAUUUCCAAAGUUCAAUGUCCCAUUCAGGGGAACUUGGCACCAGAUUCGCGGCACUAUCGCCUUUGAGCAAGCAUUCAGAGGUUGAGCAGCUUAGGUAUCAAGCUUCAAUAUCAGAGGCGUCACCGUCCAUUCAUCAACAAGGUUCCCUAUUCCAAACCUUGCGUACUGUUGUGCCUUCUUUAUCCAAGACAGAAAAUAUUCUGUUGACAUUGGGGUUCAUCGCUGCGUUCUUUCACGCUGCUGCCACCCCGGUAUUUGCUUUUCUAUUCUCUCAGUUGCUCAGCACAUUCUACCUGACUGAAGACCGUCUUCCAGCUGCUCUACGUUAUGCACUGGGCAUCCUUGGCGUGUCGAUUGCAAAUGGUAUUGCGUCCUUCUGGCUGCACUACCUUUUGGAACGUUGCGGGCAUGCUUGGGUCGAUCGAUUGCGUCACCAAGCAAUCAGUCGGAUCGUCCAACAGCCUAAAACUUGGUUUGAGAAUUGUCCUAACAAUGCUUCAAGCUUAGUUAAUUGUUUAGAUCGUAAUGCCGAGGAAAUGAGAAAUCUUGUGGGGAGAUUCUCUGGCUUUAUGUUUGUUGCUGCCGUGAUGAUGGUGAUGGGCACAGUAUGGGGUCUGGCACUAUGUUGGAGACUAACUUUGGUUGGCUGCGCAUGUGCGCCGGUCCUUUAUGCGCUUACAAGAGUGUUUGAGAAAGUAAGCGGGUAUUGGGAAGCUCGCUGUAACAAUGCAGCAGAGGUCGUGUCGGGUAUAUUCUCCGAGACGUUCUUGGAUAUUCGCAACGUUCGAUCCCUCACUCUGGAGUCCUACUUCCACAGAAAGCAUUUUCUUGCAAACUUGGAGACUCUAGCUAUAGGGAUAAAGAGAGGGUGCUAUACGGGCUUCAUGUUUGGCUUGUCAGAGUCAUCUAUCGUAUUUGUCUACGCUCUUGUAUUUUACUAUGGGGCAUUAUUGGUUUCUUCGAUGCAGUACUCCACAAAGGCAAUCUUGACUGUCUUUUCUAUGUUGCUGUUUAGCAUGGCCAAUGUUAAAGCGGUCCUUUCCCUUGUUCCACAGAUCAGCUCUUCUAGAGAUAGUGCCACUCAGGUUUUGCAGCUCGCAGGGCUACCGAGCGAUCGGUCUCAUGAGCACGAAGGCCAUCUGCGUAUCCUACAUCCGGUACCCAUCAAAUUCACUGCUGUUAAUUUCAGCUAUCCAGCCCAGCCAGACAAACUCGUUUUGCACAACUUCAACCUGACCAUCAAUGAAAACACCUGCACAGCCAUUGUAGGUCGCUCUGGUUCGGGCAAGUCCACCAUCGCAUCCCUUGUUCUCGCACUUUACCCCAUCAAGACUAGGAGAAUUAGGCAUCUAGGGCAAAAAGAGGGUUCAAUAUCCCUUGGAGGCCUAGACCUUCGAGAAAUUCACGUCCCAACGCUCCGCUCACUGAUAUCCAUCGUUCCCCAACGACCCGUGAUAUUCCCCAUUUCCAUCCGUGAAAACAUCAGUUACGGGCUCGAGGAAUCAAAUUUCUACAAUACACUCGAGAACGUUCGUGCUGCCGCUAAGGCAGCUGGGAUCGAUGAUUUUAUCUCUUCCCUUCCAUCAGGGUACGAUACCAUUGUCGGUGAUGGAGGUGUUGGCUUGUCUGGCGGCCAAACGCAACGCUUGGUUAUUGCCAGGGCACUCAUUCGUCGGCCGCGAGUCUUGAUUUUGGAUGAGGCCACAUCGAGCUUAGACGUUGAGAGUGCGGCAGCUAUUAAACGCACGGUGAGUAGGUUGAUGAGGGCGCGGGAUGGCCGACGCGGUGGUGGCUUAACAGUGGUUAUUAUUACCCAUGCGAAGGAGAUGAUGCAGGUGGCAGACAGGGUGGUAGUAGUUGAUAAGGGGGAAGUGGUUGAGGAGGGACCUUUCGAGGACCUGGUAAAUAAGCAUGGUGGUGAGUUGAGAAGGCUGUUGAGAGUAAGUGAGUGCAUGUGA